AUUUCUGGAGACGAAGAAGCAGCAGGAGCAGCGCAAAGUAAAGAAGAAGAAUUUAACGGUUCCCGGUUGUUGAGCCGCCCCAGUACAGUCCCGAGUGUUUUGGGAGUGUAUUAUACCACCAGUCAAACGGCCAGCUGUUUCUUUUAGUCCACCGAGCUAACGCACCGCGAUGCUCUUGCAGCGAGCAGCAAUGUGUUGACUACGUUACCUCAUUACGGAUCAUUGCUGCAACCAAAGGUAACGUUAAGACCCACAGUGAUGGACGAGGGCUCUGAGGUGAUGGAGGAUAUUGUAUUCCGAGGAGUGGAGUUUUCCGUGAAGAUCGUGGUGGACAAGGGUCUGCUGAUAGUGGAAAUCUCUGACUCGGUGACAGCAGAUCAGUGGAGGGGGGAAUUUGAUCCAGCAUACAUUGAAGACCUCACCCGCAAAACCGGGAACUUCAAGCAGUUCCCCAUUUUCUGUAGCAUGCUGGAAUCAGCUGUUAGAAAGAUGAGUGAUUCUGUUACACUUGACCUCUUGACCUAUGCUGACCUGGAGCUGCUACGUAACAGGAAAGCAGGAGUGGUUAGUCGCCCUCGUGGCCACCAACAAUCAUCUGCCCUCACUGCCAAACGAUAUCUAAUCCUCAUAUACACUGUGGAGUUUGACAGGAUACACUACCCUCUGCCCCUGCCCUAUGUGGGUAAGCCUGACCCAGCCGCCCUGCAGAAGGAAGUCAGAGCUCUGCGGGCUGAGCUCAGUGCUGUCACCUCUCAUGGAGUUAACAAAUCUGCAGAACUGGAAAUACAGCGGCUACGAGCAGAGCUGGCUCUGGUGAAAGAAGAGAAGGAGGCCAUGGCUAAGGUCCUGGAGCGACUGCAGAUCAGUGGAAGUGGUUCCACACCUGGGCGAGAGGACUGGAGGGUCAGAGAUGUUGUGAGGACGUUGGAGGAGCAGCUUGUCAAGGAGAGGGCCAAAAGCCAGCGCUCUGCAAGCAAGAGAUGCCAGGAGCAGCGACUCCUGGUGGAGCAGUUGGAGGAGCUGAGAGCUUCAGAGUGUGCUCUCCGUGUUCGUGUCAAGAGUCUCACCAAUGAACUGGCGUUACUACGGAGAGGGUUAGACAAUCUAAGCGUCAGAGUGACUCCUGUGUCCGCUCGCAUCAGCUCUCGGGUUGACGGGGAAAUCUAUCGCUCCCUGUCCCGCGAGAGGAGGUCAGGGUACGGAACCGUCAGGGCUCGCUCUGGAUCCAGAGAACGGAUGGAAGACAGAGUGCAAAGAUCAGAGGAAAGAGGAAGAAGAGCGGACUCCUCAGGACCCCGUGCUCGCAUUCCCAGACCCUCACCUUCUCCCACUGGGUCACGGGUACCACGCUUUGACCCAACUGCUUACAUCCAGGACAGACAGCGCAGACAGAAAGAGGCAGAUCUCAAAAAUUUGAACCCCGUUUUGUGUGUCAGACAGAGGAAGGUACGGAGGGACAUGCUGACAUCACCCAUUGUCCCUGAGAGGGGGCGCUCACGAUCUAGAGAGGCCUAUCCUCAGACGGUCCGUUCCGGCAGCAGAGGCAGGAGUUUAUCUGUGGAGAGGAGAGGGAGCAGGAACUCCUCUGAGAGCUCGUUAGUGGAUAUGGAGGAAAUGGCCAAAACUCUGUUCAGAGGAAGAAAGCAGACUUACAAUGGACCCAGUGUGGUGAAUGACAUGUCCAGAGGGGGCCUUCUGACCAGAAAGCCAUUAUGCAGCACUCCAUCACACAGAAUGAAAGACAAAGACAGCUCUGUGGACACAGGUGCUGAGCUGUCAGAGAUUGAUGCCAGACUUCAGGCGCUUCAGGAAUACAUGAGGGACCUAGAUACAGGACGCUAACAACCUCUGCUCAAGCCCCUUGUGGAUUCGUUCCCUGCCGUCUGCACAGGUCGGAGCUCAGGUCAUCUUUUUGUUUAACUGUGCACAGACUGAGGAACACAUGAAGCUUCAAGCGUGAGCGAUGGGGUUUACCUUUGUGUAUGUGUCCAUGGAAGAGACUAAGACUCCUUCUGGAGGGUCAGACUCCCAGGAAAACUAUAACCAUCACUGUGAAGGACUACUUUUUGUGGACUGAAAUUAUUUUUUUAUGUACCAAGUUUUUAUUAAUUAACUUAAAAGAUGACUCUCUGAGUGUA